AGGGCUUAACGUGGUACGUCAGCCCUCCCCUUGCCUGCCUGCGCUCUGUUGACGACUUGUUUGGCAUCUCGGCUGGUUGACAGUGGCGACUGAGAUGGUCAGGGGCGCAAUACUUGGUUUUUUUGUGCUUUCCAGGCGCACUCUGUUUCUCGCGAUCACACUGUAAACAACUUGAGGAAUCUUGCUGUCUUGCGGGAAGGCAAAAGGACUUGGAGAUCAUGAUAACGCGCCAAUCAUGCGCAUGGACCAGACACACAACAACUGUUUCAAUCAGCUGGCUUUAGUGGAUGCGGCUUCAUGUUGGGGCGCGGAGUGAAGCGGAAGAGGGCCGCUGCCCAGGAGGAAGAGGAGCAGGAUCAUCAUCAUCCUCCUCCUCCUCAUCAUCAUCAUCAUCCUCCUCCUCAUCAUCAUCAUCAUCAUGAGAAUGCUGUGGACACUGCCGACACCAAACUCCCAUCCACAGGUGCAUCUCACCUGCAUCAGCAGCAGCAUCAGGUGGAGGUGAUUAAGGAUGCAGCGGACAGCAUCCCUAGUCAUCUCUCUACGGCCGCGUCCUACCUGCAGCCGCGACCUCAGGUGAGGGUGGAGAGCAAGGACACCGUUGACACUGCUAGCUCUGCCUCCACAGGUGUGUCUUACCUGCAACCGCAGCCUCAGCUGAAGGUGGGGAAUAAGGACGACACUGCAGACACUACUACUAGCCGCAAACUCCUCCCGUCCACAGGUGUGUCUUACCUGCAUCAGGUGAGGGUGGGGAGCAAGGACACCGCUGACACAGCUAGCUCCGCCUCCACAGGUGCGUCUCACCUGCAUCAGAUGAGUGUCCAGGAGAGCAAGGACACCAUGGAUGCUGCUAGCUCCGCCUCCACAGGUGCGUCUCACCUGCAUCAGAUGAGGGUCCAUGGGAGCAAGGACACCGCGGACGCUGCUAGCUCCGCCUCCACAAGUGUGUCAUACCUGCAGCAGCGGCAGCUGGUUCUCACCUUGUGCCUGGACAAGCUGCAGGUGCAGGGUUGCCAGGCGCAGCCGACUCCGCAGCAGCAGCAGCAGCAGGGGGGUUGCCAGGCGGCGCGUACGGAACCCAGCCUGCACCGCUCCGUGCUGCUCAUCAACACCCUGCGGCAGAUACAGGAGGAGAUGAAACAGGAAGUGGCGGCCGGGUCACUUCCUGUUAUGGCUUCGGCCACUACUACUACUACUGCUGCUGCUACUAAUGCGGCAGCUGCUGCGUCGUCCCCUCUCCACGCUGCCUCCUCCACACCACCUCCUCCUCUUCCUCCCUCUCCUCCUCCUUCCUCUCCUCCUCUUCCUCCUCCGCUACGGAGGUCCAGCCUCACCUGUGAGGACCUGUGCACACCUGUGUCACCCCCCACCUCCACCUCCACCUCCACUCCCAACGUAACCCCCCAGGACCUGUUUGACCUCAGUGGCCUGGAGUCGCUAAGUGGGCUGCUCACCUGCGCCACCUGUCUGCAGGGAGAGUACUACUACGGGGACGACGACGAUGAUGAUGACGAGCUGGAGGUCUCGCUGAUCUCCUCCUCUCUCGCCCUGACGUCCCCUCCUCUUCCUCUUCCUCCUCCUCCUUCGCCUCACCUCCUCUCACCUGACGACCCCUUCUCGAGAGGAGGAGGAGGUGGAGGAGGAGGUGGAGGGGGAGGUGCGUUCCACUCUCUACUGGGCUCCUUUGAGCUGGUGAGCUCACCUGGUGGUGGCGGGUGUGGUGGCGGCGGCUACCUGCCCGACGACCUGGCGUUGGACGACAUCUUCGAGGAUAUCGACACCUCCAUGUACGACGCCUCCGACAUCUCCUCCAUCCUGGGCUCGCUGGGCUCCUCGCGCUUCACCACGGCAACGGUGGGCUCCUCCUCCUCAUCAUCAUCAUCACUGAUGAUGUCAUCGUCAUUUUCCCUGGGGAUGGGGCUGGGGCUGGAGGAGGGUGGGUUGAAAGGGGCCUCGGUGACAGCAGUGGGGGCCACCUGCCCCUCCCCUUCCCCCUCCCCCUCCCUGGCCGCUGCUGCCUUGCAGCUGUGCAGGUCAGAGGUCAGCGACCUUGACCACAUCAUGGAGGUGCUGGUGGGCUCCUAACACCCCCCCCUCCUCCUCCUAACACUCCCCUCCUUCCUCCUCCUAACACUCCCCUCCUUCUGCUCCUAAAACACACUCCUCCUGCUCUACCAGAGAUUCUUUAAGUAUAUAGAGAUAUGCCAACAUAAUAGGUUGCUAUGGGCACCUAACAUGAUCACGUUCCGGUCUGCCUAAAGGGGCCUGUCAUAAUACUCCUAGCAUUGAAUAGAACAGUCCUUAGGUCUGCCUAAAGGGGGAUUCCCCCCCUCCCUUGCAAUAAUGGAACCCGGAAACAAUGGGCCAAUGGAACCUCUCUCUCUCUACUCUCUCUGGCUCUACUCUCCUCCUGCCCUCCUCUCCUCUACUCUCCUCCUGCCCUUCUCUCCUCUCCCUUCCUCUCCUCUCCUUUUCUCUUCUUGCCAUUCCUUUCCUCCUCCACCAUCCUCCUCCUGCUCCACGCUCCUCUCCACUCUCCUCCCCCAUCUUCCUCCUCCUCCUCCUGCUCCACGCUCCUCUCCUCCUCCAUCUUCCUCCUCCUCCUCCUGCUCCACACUCCUCUCCUCCUCCACUUUCCAUGCCUUUCCUCUCUCCUCGCCUCUCCUCUCCAGGCAAUAUAACAAUGGAAUCAUGUAAAUGCUCUUUGGCUAGAGUCAGGCUAGAGUGGGAGAUCUUGACCACAUCACACAUCACCCUGCUCCUCCUCCUCCUCCUCAUCUUCCUCCUCCUCCUCCUCCUCCUCCUCCCUCUCCCCCUCUGCUCCUCUGUCCCUGCCUGCCUCCCUGGUGUCUCUCGGUAUACAACAAUGGAGUGUUGCAGAUGGUCUCCUGAUAGCCAGAUGGGCUUUGGCUAGCUUUUGGGCUAAAGGUGGUGAUCUUGACCAUGUCGUGGAGGUCCUCACCACCCACCCAUCCCCCUACCUACCCCUGCCUCCCCUCAACACCCACCUCCCCUGCCUAUCCUCCUCACAUAUAACAAUGGACUAAUAAUAUGGGUGGAGUCUGGCUAGUUGGGACUUCUUUUUUUGUCUUUUUUUUUCAUUAUCAAGGCCCUUGUUAUGAGCUCAUAACAUGAAAUCAAACCAUGCAGCCUCCUCUCCCUCCCUCCCUCCCCCUGUCCUUCUGUCGGACUUCUCUCCCUGCGUAUACCAGUGGAAUAAUAAGCAUGGACUUAAAGCUGGACAUCACGAUGGAGCUGGGAUCGGAUAUGUCGUCGACCAGGCCAUGGUGGUCCGUGUUGAAUCCAAACACCUACCACACUCCUCUCCGGCUCCUCCCACGCCAACAAGGCAUUAAUAUGGAUGGACUUCUGCCAGACUAGCAGUAUAGCUGACUAGGUGAUCUUAAUGACAUCAUGGGGGUGUUUCUGGACUCCCACCUACCAUUCUCCCACCCCCUCUGCUUGUCUUCACCCCCUGCUGCACAUAACAGUGCAGUGCAGUAUGAUAUGGAUGGACUCUUGGUGCCUGCCGUUGACCUUGACCGUCCUAGAGGUCAUCAUAGGGUCCAAACACCCUCUCGCCUCCACUUGUUCUAUAAGCGGACAUUAUUAUCAAGUGUUACCAGUGUAGCUUCAGUGAGUUUGCUAGCAGGCACAUGUGCUGUAUGCCUAUGUGUGGGAUGGAUGGGGAGGCCAGGCUGGCUUGUCACUGGCACACACACACACACACACACACACACACACACACACACACACACACACACACACACACACACACACACACACACACACACACACACACAAAGAGGAAGAGACAAGAGACAAGAAACGUGUCGUCGUUGUCGAGCCUUAUCAUGACGCACUGUAUGCCUAAUGUGCUGUCGCGUUACUAUGCGCAAAGUGCUCUUUCAUGAUCUCAGCAGCACUGCUUUCCCUUCUGUUAUUUCUUUACGAUUUCUGGACACACUGCAGUACGGACAAGUACAGUAUCAAUGUCAAA